AUGUCUGGGUCGUCGGGCCCGUCCGGGUCAUUGGGCAUGUUCUGGUCGUCGGGCCCGUUCGGGUCGUCGGGUACGUCCGAGUCGUCGUGCAUGUUCGGGUCGUCGGGCAUGUCCGGGUUAUCGGGCAUGUCUGGGUCGUCGGGCAUGUCCGGGUUAUCGGACGAUUUGGACGAGCCCGACGACCUGAACGUGGCCGACGACUCGGAUGGGUCGGACGACCCGGACGGGCGGGACGAUCCAAACAUGUCUGACGACCUAGACGAGCUAGACAACCCGAACGAGCCCGACGGCCCAAAUGAGCCCGACGACCCGGACGAGCCCGACGACUCGGACGUGCGUGACGACCCGGAAGUGCUGGACGACGCGGACAGGCCCGACGACUCGGAUGAGCCCGACUACCCGGACGGGCCUAACAACCCUGACGGGAAUGAUGACCCGGAUGGGCCCGAUGACUCGGACGAUCUCGACGAUCCAGACAGCCCUGAUGAUUCGUACGAGCCAGACUAUCCGGACGGGCCCAACUUAGGUCCGUUUAGGUCGUCAGACCCGUCUGGAGCAUUGGGCCAAUGA